AUGCGGACCCUUCAAUUUCUGGCCUUGGGAGCCAUAUCGUCCCUGGCAGCAGCGUGGACGCCCUCGCCAGGCUGCCAAUUGCAAGGACUCCCCGAGGGCCAGACACCCGGCAGCUUCCACAACGCCACAGUUGACGGCAGGCGAUAUCUUGUGUUUGUGCCCCCAGAAUAUGCCAUCGGGAAUCCCGCGCCGCUGGUACUGUCGUAUCACGGGGGUUCACGAAGCCCUGAGAAUCAGAGAGAUCUAGACCUGCUCACAGAUCCCGACUUCAACACGCACCGCAUGGUCGUCUAUCCAGAGGGCACACCGCGGCCGACUUGUGAAAGCGACAACACAUGUUACAAGCGCUAUUGGUCCGUCGACCCAGGCAUUGACGCAGACGACAAGUCCUUUACGAGGGACAUUCUCACCGCUAUGAAGGAGACGUACUGCAUCGACACGGACGCCGUGCAUGCAACAGGAAAGUCUCAGGGCGGCGGUAUAGUCGGCAGCACCCUAGCAUGCGACGCCGACCUCGCGCACACCUUUGCCGCGUUUGCCCCCGUGUCCGGCUCCUUCUACACGGACGUCGACGUCUGCGAGCCGCCAUAUGAGUUUGAGAUCCCCUGCGACCCGCAUAGACACGAUGUCCCCAUGCUGGAAUUUCACGGAGGACAAGACACCACGGUCGCGUACAGCGGGGCCUCGAGGAGGGGAGUCUGUCUGCCGAAUAUACCGUACUGGGUUGAGCAGUGGGCUGUAAACGAUGGUAUUAGCCAUGAGGUGGAGACGACGCCAUUGGCAGCGGACACGCCCAAUACGUAUAUCACGCGGUAUGGGAGGGGGAGAAAGAAGGGACUGGUGACGCAUGUUCUUGCGGAGAAUAUUGCGCACGACUGGCCGUCGACGAGGACGAACAGUGAUAAUGAAGGGGCGGUGGCUGAGUUUGAUGCCACGCCGUUGAUCUUGCACUUUUUCGAUGAGCACCCGCUGAAGAAGCAUGGGGGGUGCCAUGGGUAA